CUUCAGCACUACACGAAGAAGCAGUGGGACAAGUACCCGGCGGAGCUCGACGCGUCCGUGCUCAUGCGCCUGCCCUGCCGCACGUCGACGGACGACCGCUACUUCGGGGACGCCUGGCAGGCGCUGCCCGUGCGGGGCUACACGCGCAUCUUCGAGAACAUGCUGCUGCGGGACCCGCGCGUGACCGUGAAGCUCAACGUCGACUUCUUCGACGCGCGGGCCAAGGGCCUGCUGCCCCAGUUCGGCACGCUCGUCUACACGGGGCCCAUCGACUCCUACUUCGCCGCCCAGGGCCUGCCGAAGCUCGAGUACCGGUCGCUCCGCUUCGAGGAGGAGUACGUCGACGACCCGGAGGACGGCUUCUUCCAGGAGGCCUUCGUCGUCAACCACCCGUCGGCGGACGUGCCCUUCACGCGCAUCGUCGAGUACAAGCACGUGCCGAACCAGCCGCUGGCCGUGAAGCGCGGCCUCGUCAAGGGCACGCGCAUCGCGCGCGAGUACUCGUCGGCCGAGGGCGACCCCUACUACCCCGUGCCCAACCCGGAGAACCGGGCGCUCUACGAGCGCUACCGCGCCCUCGCCGAGAAGGAGGACACGGUCUGCUUCGUCGGCCGCCUCGCGUCCUACAAGUACUUCAACAUGGACCAGGCGAUCCUCAACGCGCUCGAGAUCUACGACUCGCUCAAGGAGAAG